ACUGUCAAUGUUUUGGGAAUGUGUUUUUUUGUAGCUCUCUAGAAUAUUUUUUUGAAUCGAUUAUCUAAAUAUUUUUAAAUGUGGAGAGCUGGUGUGCRUGUGCUACCUCGCAGACCGAGGAUUUAUCCAUUCUAUUCAAGGGUGAAGCAGAGAUAUUUAUGUUCUCAAUCACUCAACAAAGAAGAAGAACAGAAAGCAUCUGUACUCGAUGCUGCAAAACAACUAAAAACAGGUGAUUGUCUCCAUGGAUACACUGUAAAUAAGGUUGAACCUGUAUCAGAACUGUCAUUAGUGUCAAUACAUCUUACCCAUGAUGCUACAGGAGCAGAACAUUUGCAUAUUGCUAGAGAUGAUGCCAAUAAUGUGUUUGGAGUUGGGUUUCGCACCACACCCAUGGAUAGUACUGGUGUCUCACAUAUUCUAGAACAUACUGCAUUAUGUGGGUCCAAGAAGUUUCCAUGCCGAGAUCCAUUCUUUAAAAUGCUCAAUAGAUCACUUGCAACUUUCAUGAAUGCAAUGACAGCUAGUGAUGUCACCAUGUACCCAUUUUCUACCCAGAACCCCAAGGACUUCCAGAAUCUUCUUUCUGUCUAUCUAGAUGCGGUAUUUUAUCCUCAGCUGAAAGAGCUUGACUUUUGGCAAGAAGGAUGGCGACUUGAGCAUGAAGACCUCUCAUCAGCMAGUUCACCACUGGUCUUCAAGGGAAUAGUCUUCAAUGAAAUGAAAGGGGCAAUGUCAACAUCAGACUCUAUCUUUGYCCAUCAUGCUCAAAACCUGCUACUACCAAGYCAUACAUACAGYCAUAACAGUGGUGGAGAACCUCUCUGCAUCCCUGAUUUAACCGUAAGCCUGACUUUUUUGAGGGAAGGGCUGGGUAGGGAGGGGGGGUUGACAGUACCUAGAGAGUCAAGCCUGUCAGGUCCUGUUGAUCCAAUGGCAGCUGAUCCAAAUAAACAAACCAUUGUCAGCGUGAAUUAUCUCAUCACUAGUAUGUUGUAUAGUUAUGAUAACGGAACCAAGGAUUCGUCGUUUUCAGUUGGCUUAAAGGGAAUUCACCCCGAUGAUGUUCAAAAAGUAAAAGAAAUAAUUCAACAAACAUUUGAUAAAGUAAUAGAAGAAGGAAUCCCACAAGAAAGAAUAGAAGCUGUUUUACAUAGGAUCGAGCUGUCAAUUAAACAUCAGAGUGCAAAUUUUGGUUUGGGGUUAAUGAUGAGUUUGAUGCAGCCCUGGAACCAUGGAGCUGAACCGACUGAAUUCUUGAAGGUCAACCAGUACGUUAGCCAAUUCAAGGAAUGUUUAAAGAAUGAACAGUUUCUACAAGAUAAAAUCAAGCAGUACUUCAAGGACAACUCACAUUGUUUGACUCUCGUCAUGAACCCUGAUCAUGAAUAUGAAGCAAACCUCGUCGAAAAGGAAAAGCUAAAACUAGAUGAAAAGACAGCCGCACUUACUAAAGAAGACAAAGACAUAAUUUACAGCAAAUGCCUCGAACUCUCUGAACAGCAAAAUACUGUAGAAGAUGCAUCUUGCUUACCCAUCAUGGCGAUAACAGAUAUUGAUCGUAAAAUCAAACCAGUAGUUUUUGAUGAAUACGUCAUAGCUGGUGUACCUGUGCAGUUUUCAGAGCAACCAACUAAUGGAGUUACCUACUUUAGAGCCAUUUCCAGUAUAUCAGAUAUCCCAGACGACAUUAAACCCUACCUUCCUUUAUUCUGCUUUAUUCUUACCAAGAUGGGUGCAGGGAAUCGUAGUUACAAGGAAUUAUCUCAAAUGAUCGAGCGACGAACUGGUGGCCUGUCAGUCGGUACGCAUGUCUGUUCACAUCACACCGCUGCCAACAAGUACGAACAGGGCGUYAUAUUCUCGUCAUACUGUCUGGACAGUAACUUACCUCACAUGUUUUACCUUUGGGGAGAAMUAUUCUCAAAUCCAAUAUUUGAUGACCAAGAUCGCCUAAGGACGUUAAUWAACAUGCUAGCAGCAGACUUAUCUAAUUCUAUUGCACAAUCUGGCCAUUCUUAUGCCAUGAGUCUCGCUUCAAGUUCACUAACACCUGCAGCAAAGCUUGGUGAAAUGUUUGGAGGUCUUUCUCAGGUUCUCUUUAUGAAGAACUUGUUGGAAACGGAAGACCUCGAUGAAGUGAUUCAAACACUGAAAGCAAUCGCAGUUCAUGUUCUGGAAGGCACUCAGUUUAGAUGCGCUGUGAAUGUGGUUCCCGAGAGUAGGUCAGCGGUCGAGGCAGCACUGGAAGGAUACUGCGAUUCGCUGCCUGGUGCUUGGACAGAUACUUCAGGCAUGAUUACGGACCUUAACUUUGAAGCUAAAGCAUCAAAGGUUCAUUUUGAAUUGCCAUUCCCUGUGAACUACUCUAGUCAAUGUGUCAACUCUGUGCCUUACAACCACGAAGACUACGCAAAAUUGAGAAUUCUCGCAAGACUGUUAUCUUCAAAGUUUCUUCAUCGAGAAAUUCGGGAGAAAGGCGGUGCUUACGGUGGAGGYGCUAAACUUGGAGGAGGCGUAUUCUCAUUUUAUUCUUACAGAGACCCAAAUAGUGUAGACACCUUGGACGCUUUUAACAGGUCUGUUGAAUGGGCCGAACAAGGACAGUUUACAGACCUAGACAUCGAUGAAGCCAAAUUAGCCGUAUUUGCAUCGGUCGACAGCCCAGUGUCACCAGGCAACAGAGGCCUAGGUUAUUUCAGCCAAGGAGUAACAGACGAGAUGAAACAAACACAGCGUGACAGGUUGUUUGCUGUCACGCGUGACGAUCUUAUCGACGUCACAAGGCGUGGAUUCCCUGUGGUGUCUGUUGUAUCUUUCAUGAUUUGCCUGUUGUAUCAAUUAGUUAAAUUAGUUCUCUUUAUGAAGAACUUGUUGGAAACGGAAGACCUCGAUGAAGUGAUUCAAACACUGAAAGCAAUCGCAGUUCAUGUUCUGGAAGGCACUCAGUUUAGAUGCGCUGUGAACGUGGUUCCCGAGAGUAGGUCAGCGGUCGAGGCAGCACUGGAAGGAUACUGCGAUUCGCUGCCUGGUGCUUGGACAGAUACCUCAGGCAUGAUUACGGACCUUAACUUUGAAGCUAAAGCAUCAAAGGUUCAUUUUGAAUUGCCAUUCCCUGUGAACUACUCUAGUCAAUGUGUUAACUCUGUGCCUUACAACCACGAAGACUACGCAAAAUUGAGAAUUCUCGCAAGACUGUUAUCUUCAAAGUUUCUUCAUCGAGAAAUUCGGGAGAAAGGCGGUGCUUACGGUGGAGGYGCUAAACUUGGAGGAGGCGUAUUCUCAUUUUAUUCUUACAGAGACCCAAAUAGUGUAGACACCUUGGACGCUUUUAACAGGUCUGUUGAAUGGGCCGAACAAGGACAGUUUACAGACCUAGACAUCGAUGAAGCCAAAUUAGCCGUAUUUGCAUCGGUCGACAGCCCAGUGUCACCAGGCAACAGAGGCCUAGGUUAUUUCAGCCAAGGAGUAACAGACGAGAUGAAACAAACACAGCGUGACAGGUUGUUUGCUGUCACGCGUGACGAUCUUAUCGACGUCACAAGGCGGUACCUGUCCUCUACUUCAAACUCAGUUGCACUCUUAGGGCCAGAAAACGAGCGUACUUCUACSGACAGUACUUGGACAAUUAGGAAAGAAACUUUAUAAAAUAAAUCUAUGUCACAAAGCUACACUGCAAAUAAUUGAAGUAGGGCGGGGUUUUCUGUUAUGUUUUCGUUGUUUKUUUUUCUGUUGUCGUCGUCGUCGUUUUGUGUUUGGUUUGGUUUUCUUCUUUGUUUUGUUUUUGGUUGUUUUUGUUUAGGGGUUUUGACUCAUGAUCAUCACAACAUAUCUAAUCCACAUGCGUCUUUAAGCAAUAAACGAUCGCUUUAAGCGGUUUUACUGGCGAAAUAAACAGGCGGGAUGGUUGGGAGAACACGAGAAAAUAUCUUUAAAUCACGUUACCUUUCAUAUUUUAAGGCAGAAAAUUUUGAAAAUUUAAACGCAAAAGUCUUUCAAGACGGCAGGCUGGAUUACCGGUGAAAUAAAACAUAGCUUUUYUUAUGAAAUCCGCCAAUCAGUGCGCGUGUUAGAAUUGAGGUAUAAUAUAAAUUAAAACAAACAAUUC